AUGGUGGACAACAAAUGGGUGGUGGAUGAUAAUCAGCCGAAGACAAACAACAAUCUUGGAGGAGAGAAUAAUGUGAUGUCUAUCGAUCAGGAUGAUUUCGAAGUGUUCGAUGCGCUUGACAAGGAUCUGGCUUCGUCAAAUGCUGGAGAAGCUAUGAGAGGAGCGCCGAACCAUCAGCCAUCUCACGACACUCCAAAUGACAGGGAGCUCGAGAAACUUCGUACGUUCUCACAAGAUAUUCCGGAUCGCGCGGAAUUCGCGAAGGCUCACAAUCCACCUGCGCUUCCGCCUCAUCUUCUUCAGGUCAUCCUCAACAAAGACACACCCGUGCAGUGUGAUCCCAAUGUGCUACCAGAACCAAAUCACGUGAUGCUAAAUCAUCUCUAUGCUCUUUCAAUCAAAGAUGGCGUUAUGGUCCUCUCGGCUACUCAUCGGUAUCGCAAGAAGUACGUGACAACGCUGCUGUACAAGCCGAUUUAA